AUGCUCCGCGCCGCCCUCACGACGUCCGCGCGCCUGCGCUCCGCCGCGCGCCGCGCGAAGACCACGGACGUGGCCCUCGUCGGCUGCGGCAUGCCCGGCCGGGGCAUGGGCUGGUACCACGCGAAGCAGAUCCUCGACGGCGAGGUGCCGAGCGCGAAGCUCACGGACGUCGUCGAGCCCUGGUUCCUCGGCGGCGGCGCCGACGGGCCCGGCGGCGCCGAGUUCGCCGCCUUCAAGCGGGAAUACGAGGGCAGCGUGCGCUUCCACAGCUCCAUCGCGGACAUGCCCGAGCCCGACGGCCCGAAGAUGGCCAUGGUGUGCACGCGCACGGCGGACAUGCCCGGCUUCGUCGAGGAGAUCGUCGCCAACGGCUGCUCCCACGUCUUCCUCGAGAAGCCCGGCGCGCCCACGGUCGGCGAGCUCGAGGAUUUGCGCGACGGCUGCAAGGCCGCGGGCGUCGAGGUCUUCAUGGGCUUCAACAAGAACGUCACGGCCUACGUGACCAAGGGCCGCGAGGCUUUGGCCAAGUGCCCCGGCGGCGAGUUCACCCUCGUGCACCACAACGCCUACACGGCCGACGAGCUGCCCGAGUGCUUCGAGCGCAACGCGGAGGGCAUGCUGAAGAACAUGGCGAUCCACGAAUUGGCGCUGCUCGUGACCUUCUUCGGCGUCACGUCGGACACGCUCGGCGACGUCGUCGCCGACAAGGCCUACUCGUCCUGCGAGACGCGCGUCGGCCCGUCGUCGGGAAACGAGUUCACGGACUUCUCGCGCAUCGGCUUCACGAUCACGACCAAGGAGGGCGCCAAGGUCUCCGUCUACGCGGACCGCUGCGGCCUCGAGAUGCCCGGCGGCGCCAUGGCCGACGGCGGCAUGAUGUACUCGAGCGUCUCCAAGCUCGGCAUCGUCCAGAGCCGCGACAUCAUGCCCGACAAGGAAUUGGAGGACGUCGUCGCGGCGCGCGCCAAGGCGUUCCCGGACUACAUGCCCUACUUCCACCUCCAGCACGACGACUACAUCACGCUCAAGGAGCGCUGCUGCGCCCACAUCGCCAACGGCGCCGCCGGCGCGCCCGAGGGCAUCGCCACGGUCCAGGUCGCCUGCGACACGCUCAAGCUCGCGGAGACGCUCAAGCCCCUCCUCGAGAAGCAGCUCCUCUGA